UUUACUGGCCAUUGGAUGGAUGACGCGUGUCCCGGCGGUCCUGGAGAGAGGUCUAUUUAUAAGCGCGUACACACCACCCUCUCGCGAAAGCACAGCGCCGCCGGAAUGAGCGCGAACCAGAGGCUGCGAUUGAACUCACCGGGUCCUGCAUCCGAUUCGGGUGAGUCGGGGAUACUGAACGAGCGGAUACUGGUUCUGAUCUUCGAGUCCAUCAAGUGGGACAUCCACGUGCUCUGCGCGGCGUCCGCGGUGAACCGGAAGCUCAGAGCUGUAGCGACACGGCUAUUAUGGAGGGAGCUAUGCGUGUAUCGCGCACCGCGCAUGGUAACGGCAUUGGCGACCGGUGCGCCGAACGGCAGACUUGGCGGGGGAUGGCACGCGCUCGCCAAGCUGAUGUUCUUCUGCUGUGGCUGUGAGUCGACUCGGCACUUCCGAGUGAGUCGGCCGUCACCCGGCCACUUCGUGAAGGAGUCACGGUUCUCGAAAACGUCGGGUCGGAGCUUUUUGACGAAGAAAUGUAGUGGCGAUCUGCUGUAUGUGAGUGAUCCGUGUGAGCAUCCAAUGGGGGAGAGGGAGGAUGAUUUGGGGAUAUACAGAGGGGUAUUUAGGGGAUUUAUGAGAUCAAAGACGAGGGCGUGUUUGAUCAGACGGCAGGUGAAGCUAGAGGAGAGAGUGUGCUGUCCUUACUGUGGGGCCCGCGUGUGGAGUAUGACCGCCGCGAGACUCGUCCCCAAGAGCGCAGCUCGGCGGCUCGGCACCCACGACGGCGGGCUGGAGUACUUUGUGUGUCUGAACGGACACUUGCACGGCACGUGCUGGCUCGUGCCUCUUUCAUCUGAUGAAGACAAUGGAGACGAUGAGGAUGCGGAAGAUGGAUGUAGUGAUGAUGCAGACGAUGGGUCCGGUCGAAGUGAAUGUGAUGAUCGGACGGUGACGGAUGGCAGUGUGAGCUCCAUCAGCGAGGAGAUUGCCGCAGAUGGCCCACCAGAUCAAUCCCUUUGUACUUAAGACUAGAGAGAUUUGUUGAAGCACUUGGCUGAUGGCUCCACUCCAGAGUGACCCCCCACACCCCACUCCAAAUCUUGCCACGUUAUCCACACCAAUUUGACAUGUCACUAAACAAUAUUUAGUCCUGAAUUAUGGUGACCAAUAAUUCGAUAUUCAAAGAUUCAGUGGGUUGAGAGGCAAUGGACCGCGACCGGCCCUCAAAAUAAAGGUGGGUGACGUGGAGGUUGAUGGAUAUUUAGAUCCUCAUUUUUUGACGAUAUUUCUUAUUCUGGAUUUGUUAGCCUUGUAUUCUCCAUCAAUUUGUUGAUGGCAUUUGUAUCUUGUCCUUUCUAAUGUGAUGUGUUGACCUCUGAGUAGAUUUCUCAUUUUCUCAAUGUGCCAUGUCAUCAUCCUAGCUGUCAUCAAUUAAGAAAAAUUCUAAAA